CUGCUGGCUUGCCUCCACACACACACACACAUGCAUACAUACUGAGUCAGACUCACACUUAUUCUCUCUCACACACACUCUGAGUCACACACACUGCAGCAGACCUCACGCUCGCUCUCUCUCUCUCUCUCUCUCUCUCUCUCUCUCCCUCUCUCUCUCUCUCUCUCUCUCUCUCUCUGCGCGCGCUCAUCCCGCCUUCUUGCGAGCAGAAAACACUCGGGUCUCCAUCGUACGGGACCGGCUGCUGCUUCCUUUGAAGCUCCAUCUCUCUGCUCACUCUCUACCAAUCAUUCUCUCUCUUUCUUUCUUUUCUUUCUUUUUUACCCUCUCACUCACUCACUCUCUCUCUCUCUCUCUCUCUCUCUUUCUCUCUCUGUCUCUCUGUCUCUCUGCUUAUCCCACCGCUCUCUCUACCUCGCCGCUCAGAGCAGGGUUGUGUAUUGUCGGGGGUUUGUGUUGUCAGCUAGAGGAGGGAACAUGCAGCAUCCUGGAGGAACAUGCGUGGCAUUACCCAACGUGGACGCCUGUCCUCAGCUGUCCUGUGCCGCCCUCACCUUCAUGUAUUUACAGCAGGGUAACCAGGACACACCGGCACCCCCGGACCCAUCCAUGGCCCAGGCUUACCCAUCAGCCCAGUUUGCCCCCCCUCCCCAGAACGGCAUUCCCGCCGAGUUCACAGCUUCACACCCCCAUCCCCAUCCACACUCCCACCCACAUCCGCACCAGCACCCAGCAGCACCACAGGACUACACCGGGGUCCAGGCCUCCGUCAGUGAGCACCCACUCAACAUGUACCAGUCCUCACAGAGCCACAGCGAGCAGAGCGGGACAGACUCUGGCAGUCAGACGGUCACCGGCACAGCCACAACAGAUGAUGCUGCCCAGACGGACAGUCAGCCACCAACGCAGACUGUACCUGAAAGCACAGACAGCAAGGCCCAACCCAAGAGACUCCAUGUCUCUAACAUCCCCUUCAGGUUCAGAGACCCAGACCUCAGGCAAAUGUUCGGUCAAUUUGGCAAAAUUUUAGAUGUGGAAAUCAUCUUCAACGAGCGUGGUUCUAAGGGUUUUGGGUUCGUAACGUUCGAGCAUAGCGUGGACGCCGACAGGGCCAGAGAGAAAUUACAUGGCACCGUGGUAGAAGGCCGUAAAAUAGAGGUCAACAAUGCAACAGCCCGAGUAAUGACAAAUAAGAAGACUGUCAACCCAUAUGCAAAUGGCUGGAAGUUAAAUCCAGUGGUCAGCGCUGUCUACAGCCCAGAAUUCUAUGCAGUACCAGGUUUUCCCUACCCAACAGCCAGUGCAGCAGCAGCAUACAGAGGAGCCCACCUAAGGGGUCGAGGACGGACCGUGUACAACACAUUCAGGGCAGCUGCUCCCCCUCCCCACAUUCCAGCUUACGGAGGUGUUGUUUACCAGGAUGGAUUUUAUGGUGCAGAUAUUUAUGGUGGUUACGCUGCCUACAGAUAUGCCCAGCCUACUGCUGCCACAGCUGCUGCAUACAGUGACAGUUACGGACGAGUAUAUGCUGCCGACCCCUACAACCACACACUCACUCCAGCAGCCACAUACAGCGUUGGUGCCAUGAACGCAUUCACCCCGCUGACAGAUGCGAAAACUCGGAGCCACGCCGACGACGUGGGGCUAGUGCUGUCCUCUCUCCAGGCUAGUAUAUACCGGGGAGGCUACAGCCGCUUCGCACCCUAUUAGCAACACCUCCAACUCCUAUACUCAACCUUCCAACAGGACAGAAAGAAAGUGUGUGUGAGCGUGAGUGUGUGAGCGAAUGAAAACAACAGAGAACGAGUGAUCAGAGGAGAGAUGUUACUGAGGCCUGGGUAUUGCAAUACAUGCAGUUUGUGCAUCAUUUCAGCAUCUCCUAAGAGAGAAGUACAAAAAAAGAAUAAAAUGACAGCUGAUAUUUUUCAUCUUAUACCUCAGAUAUUUUGUGCUGUGUAUUUUGAUAUUGUGGGUUUUUAAUUUCUAAAGAUUUAAACUUAGAUUAUCAGCUGUAGAGGUUUUUCCAUGGUACUAAUAGAAAGCUGCUAGAGUAAUGAUUAGGACACAAAUGAAAUAUUUAUCAAAAUCAAAUUGUUAGGGCUUGUAUAGAACUCCAACCCUGUAAGAUAGGUCAUAGUCACACUUUGGGGUUUUUAUGUUUUGUAAGAGUGUUAAAGUGACUAUGCUAGUCAAGUGUUGUUGUUUUUCUUCUCUCAGCUUCCUUUGGCACUUCCUCUGUCGGUUUAGCAAUGAUAGUUUUAUUUUAUUAUUAUUUUUUUGGUUUGGGAGGAAGUACAGACGCCUUGGAAAACACGGACAUGGAUAAAAGUUCUUCUCUGAACCUUUAAGGGCAGAGUGGGUGUGUAGGAGAAGCUGAGAACAGCCAUUAUUGCUAUAAUUAAGUCCAUUAUCUUGAGAACUCAACAUUGUUUUUUUUUUGUUGUUGUUGUUUUGUUACCUGAGAACAAGCUCUUAACUUGUGAUUAGAACUUUAUUAUCCUAAUAGUUAUUUUGCCAAACAAAGAUAAUGCUAUUUUCUCAAGAAAAAAUCCUGUGUAAUGUCUGCAUAGUUGUGAAAACUUAAUGUAUUGUAGCCAAAUUUCAUUGAGUUUUCCUGUUUAUUUUUUGUAACAUACAAAAUUGCAUUGCACUCACACAGAUACAACAUUUUCAAAUUUGACUUAAUAUCUCAUAAUUACUAAAUCCCAUCUCCUCUGACAUCUCUGUCAAUGUCCACAGACAUUCUUUUUGGGGGCCUAAUCAGAUUGGCCCAUUGUGCAUGUUAUUCAGCCUGAAAAUAGAUGAUAGAGUUGAAAAUCUGGCUAUGGUUAGUUCAGUUUGGGAUCGACAGCUGGCAGCAGCUAAACUUGGACCCAAGCUGUUUCUAUAGCAUUGCGAUCCAAUGAAACUGCAAGUAGUGUUUUGACUGAUUGUUUAAAGGGAUAGUGCACCCAAAAAUGAAAUCAAAUCCCAACAAGGCAUGUGCUGUGAUGGUUAACCUGCAGCAAUGUUCAAGAGCAUAACCUUAACCUGAGACUUACUAGGUGCAAGCUUGUAAGGGUCAUUUUUUCCUGCAGGAACUUAAAGGGAUAGUGCACCCAAAAAUGAAAAUUCAGCCAUUAUCUACUCACCCAUAUGCCAAGGGAGGCUCAGGUGAAGUUUUAGAGUCCUCACAACACUUGCGGAGAUCCCAGUACACUGCGUUCAUGUGUGUGCACUUGCGCGCAAGACCAACGAAAGCAUGUGAACACACAUGAACACGGUGCCCAUGUCUCACGGUCUCAUGUAAGCGCACACACGUCAGUGCAGUGUACACAGAAGCAGUCAGAGCUACAGGCUACAAUGAGGCUAAAAACAGAGUUCAAAUGAAGUUUUCCAAACAACUUUUUAUGUCGGGGCUUCAGGACACUUGGAUCACUACAGACGAGCAGUAUGGAGAUUUUUUGUUGUUUCAAUUAUGUGUUUUUUGGACAUUUUAAUCUGGGGCGCCGUCAGCCAUUAGGUGUGCAGUUGUGCUGCUAGCCCCUCUCCCCGCCGAUCUCCACAAGGGAUGUGAGGACUCUAAAACUUCACCUGAGCCUCCCUCAGCAUAUGGGUGAGUAGAUAAUGGCUGAAUUUUCAUUUUUGGGUGCACUAUCCCUUUAACGUCUAUGUAGCAUCUGAUCUUAUGCGCUGUGUAGAAAUUCAUGGUGAUAGGCAGAUAUUGCUCUUUAACAUUUCACUGCACAAAUAUUACACUAUACACCAAAACAUAGGUGUUAACAUUAUGCAAAAACUCAGUCCGCCACAAGUGUCAUUUUGAUAUUUUCCAAUCUAGACCAUGUUUUCCUAUGUUUUUGUGUUCCAGUGACUAAUGGAAGCAAUAAUGUUUUAAAAUGGUACAGUACUGAGCGAGACCGCUGCAGCCAACAGCUGUGAAACAGGCUGCAAUGUAAUGUCCAAUCAAAGUGUUUGUCUUUGCCACUGACAGGCUGACAUUGUUAUCAUGAGUGUCUGACAAGAUUAUGAAAAGGAUCCCUACAGAGGGCAGCCUCUUUUUUCAAAAAACAUAAUCCCUUACGUUUAUCCCUUACACUUAACAGUGGAAGAUGAACAGAGAUAGUUUUUGUGAGUUUUAUUUUGCUUUUGUUAACUUUGAAUGAAAUAUGUUUUAUGAUGAUAAAAAACUUUUUGUCUAUAUGGAGUCUGUUGUGUUCAAAAAAGUGAUUUCAGGGCUGUUACUGGUUACUCUUCAACAAAAAGGUCUAUCUCUGUAAGGAUCCUUUUCAUAACUUUGUCAGACACUUAAAAUGAUAAUCUGAUCCUGCCAGUGGCAAAAACAGGCAGUUUUAAUAAAUAUAAAUUGACUGUGUUCAGUUGCCACAGGGAUUCCACUGAAACCUGUUUUUGUCCAAUACUGGACCAGUUUAAAAAAGAAAGAUGUUUCCAUUAGUCACUUAGGCUCAAAAACAUGGGAACAUAGGUUCCAGAUUGAAAAAUACUGAUGUUACCCUUUAACUGACUCGAUUACAGCAACUCAUAACAGGAAUUCCUAUGGUUACAUUUAUUUGACAGGCUAAUAAUAAUUACUCCUAAUUACAAAUAAACAUCUUGUAAUUACAAGAUAUUAAGUCACUUUCCUUUGGUAACUGUAAUGCUUUUUUUUAUAAUGACAAGAUUAUUUGUUUGAUGUUUCUAUAACUACAACAAAAAAUGCAACAAGUUUCUCUGCUUUUUUAUAAGUUAUCUUGAGAUGAUUAGGAAUUAAGUCAUUCCGCUUAUUAAAAAACACAAGACUACAACAAGUAUUAGCAAUCACAGCUGCUCUCAGCUUCCACAGAUAGUUGACGUGUAGUUUAGUUUCCUUUUUAGGGAGAGAAUGGUGUGAGUCAGCACGUCAUUCAGCCUGUAGAUUUGUUGACUGAAUAAUGUGGUUCUAUCAAACGUCACUUCAAGCCAAAGGUUCUGAUGGACAUAUCUGGCAUGUUUAUGUGUAUAGACAAGAUUCUACAUAGAUAUGAAUUAUGAGAUGAGAAAAGAAAAAAAAAAAGAAUUGCCAUGGCAACUAAACUGUUCAACCAUCUAAUUGCUCAGUCCACAUGCUGUGAUAUGAAAAAGAAUUAGGGCCACAUGAAUUAAAAAAAAAUAGUAAUAGCAGAAUUCUAAGAAAAAAGUCAGAAUUCUGGUGGAAAAAAGUAAAACUUUAAACACAGAAUUCUUACUUGAAUUCAAAGAUAAAAUGUGUUGUGGCUCUAAUUCUCUUCUGUACUGAGUAGUAGUGUUGGCCAUCCAGACAUAGAUGUUUUUUUAUAUAAACUUCCAAUAUAUUCAUUGGUAUAAUUGAUGAUUUUUAUAUAACAGGAGAGAUUUAAAAAAAAAUAUAUAUAGCAGUGGCCGAAGCCACUGUGUCUAUUUUAUCUCUGUUAAUUUUGUUUUGAUUUUUUUUUUCUUUCAUUAUUAAGAUUUAAGGGGGGGUAAAGUACAGUAUAAUAAUAAUCCAACAAUGUAUUAUAUUUGAACUGUGCAGUGAAGAUGUUCUCUAAUAUGAAAUACACAAUGGUAUAAUGUUUUAGAUUUAGAAGAGUAGAUCAGUUGUUAGGGCGAGCUAUCUCAUUUUCUAUUAAAUCAUAUUCUGAUUUUUAUUAACUCUUUACAAAUAAUGUAAUCACAGUGUAGAUACUCUCAUUAAAUUUUUUUGUCAGCUGUACCAUUUUGCACAUACCACUUGUCAUUUUCAGAUAAACCUGAGACAUAUCAGUGCUGUAGUUGUAAUUUUCUGUAACUUUUUUUAUUAUCAGUUCUGUAUUUUUUCUGUUUCCUCUCAUUUCUUUCUUAAUGUGACAUACUAAUUGUUAUUUUCUAAAACACAACCUUUACUCUUUGAAAAUUAACUGUUUGAAUAUUAUAAUAUGAAAUAAAUAUGAGAAAUAAAUGAUUUGUGAACAGGCUAAUCUACAGUAUGAUGUAAAUAGAAGUUAAUGGUAAUAAAUCUGUAGUGUAUUUGAAAAGCACUACGUGGGCAUCAGGAGCUCUGCUACGGCUGCAUUGCAAGCCAGCCUACGGGCCGCUUCCUGUGCCACAUUCUGUUUACAACUAUUCCCAAUUAGUGGUGUUGUUACAUAUCUCCCUUUUUGUAUUUAUAACUGAUUAGAUAGGAAAAUCUCUCAGAUGCAUCACAUUAUUAAAAAGGCAGCAGUAAGAGCCAAGGGGCCACUCGGCUCCGCUGGUUCUAACCUCCGUCUGUGUCGAUCAGAAAUGGGACAACUCGUAGUCCUCACUAUGCUGAAUGUCUGACUCCGCAACUACUUUAUACAAGCUCUGCUUCCAGUAGGUGUUGUGGUUCAAAACAAGGCUUCCUACCCAGUCAUUGUAUGUGCAUGUACUAUGGUUCUUCCACUAAUCAAUAA